CGAGAGAGCGAGAGAGCGAUCGUGGAGGAGAGAGGAGGACUUGAAAAAAAGAGAGAGAGACCAGCUUGAAGUGGCGGUGCGGGCUCACAAAGUGUCCUUUUCGCAGCAGCAGUCGUCUCCUCCACAGCGCACAGAAGAGUCGGGGAGGGUUAAAGAAAAAUAAAGAAGAAAAAGUUGGAUCGUGCCCGGGAGUUGCCAACAUGUCGGGGAAUAAUAAGGACAACGACGGCGGCUGGAGGAAAUUUAUGUGGAAUUCCGAGAAGAAAGAGUUUCUGGGGCGAACCGGCGGCAGUUGGUUCAAAAUCUUUUUGUUCUACAUCAUCUUCUACGGAUGCUUGGCCGCCAUCUUUGUCGGGACCAUUCAGGUGAUGCUGCUCACCUUGAGCGACUACAAGCCCACCUACCAGGACAGGGUGGCCCCCCCAGGUCUGUCGCACACUCCGCGCUCCGAAAAGUCGGAGAUCUCCUUCAGCAUGACGGACCAGAAGACCUACAAGACGUAUGUGGACAGCACGGCCAACUUCCUAAGCAUCUACGACGAUGAAAAGCAGACCGACGAAAUGAAAUUUGAAGAUUGUCCAGCGACACCUGACAAGUACAAGGACCGCGACAGCACCCAAGGUCAGUGCCACGCCUGCCGCUUCAGCAGGUCCUGGCUGGGCGUGUGCUCCGGCGAGUCCGACAAGACCUUCGGCUUCAAGGAUGGAAAGCCGUGCAUCAUCGUCAAGCUCAACAGGAUCGUCAACUUCCGGCCCAAGGCUCCAGAUAAUGAUUCGCUAGCAGCGGACAUCAAGGCCAAAGCAAACAACGCCAUCCCCAUUUUCUGCAAGAACAAGAGAGAGGAGGACGCCAGCAAGAUCCAAGAAAUCAAGUACUUUGGCUUCAACGGGAGCUUCCCCCUCCACUACUACCCCUACUAUGGCAAGCUGCUGCACCCCCAGUACCUGCAGCCCCUGGUGGCCAUCAAGUUCAACGUAACCCUCAACCAGGAGGUGCGCAUCGAGUGCAAGGCGUACGGCGCCAACAUCAACUACAGCGACAAAGACCGAUAUCAAGGACGAUUUGACAUCAAGCUCACCGUCAACUCGUGACCUCGGUUGUGAUCAGCGCACCGGCGCUUUAAAAAUAAAGUUUAAAAAAACCAACAAAAAAAGGCAAAAGCAACUCCAAUGUAGAGUCUAUUGAGAUAGUAGAAAAAAACGACAAAAAACACCACUAGUCUUUGAAGAUUCAUACUAUACAGGACCUCCACUUAAAUCUGUGUGCUUCACACUAGGCUUCUGUGUGUGUGUUGAGGCUUAGAACGUAGUAGCAAUAGCGACAUAUUUAUUCUACUGUACAUGAAUAUUCCUUGAGCCAUGGAUUAUUGUCAAAACUGCAAUUCCACUACUACUGACGUGUAGCGAGACGUGUUUGUGUCUUGUAAUCUCUUCUUGUCUUGUCCGCUUUCAGUGCUCCCAGCGUGCGUGCGUGCGUGCGUGCGUGUAUGUGUGUCAAUGUGCUCCGACUAACUGAAAUACUAGCGUGGUACAAAACCUCUUUAGGAAACGCUCGACACGAUCAAUUUGACUGUGGGAAGGAUCCGUUUGUACGCCUUUUAUUCCUUUGUCGUUCUUUUCGUAGUUUGUAGUCGGGUUGAAGCGGGCGUGGCCCACUCUUGAAUGUUUUAGCCAUUUUCAUGGUGGAAGAAUUUUAUAUUUAUGCAGUUGUACAUUUUUUUUCUCACUCUAAAAAGUGUCAUGUUUCAAUCCGAUACCAAAGUCGCUGGUGAAAAGUUGAAAGAAUCCGAGGCAAUGCAGUAUCCCGUGUUAGCAGAUGUUCAGUUGCUGUGAAAAGAAUUUCAUGUUGGGGGAAAAAAAACCCCAUCAGAACACUUUGUCCAGAGUCGUCUUGUUACUUUAUUUAAUCUGGCUGAAACAAUAAAACAAAACACAAA